GCCAUUUCCGACCCCAACCCGAGGAGCUAACAAAAGUAAAAGCGCAAUUUAGACGCUCUCUCACCCUCGACUAAGCAGUGUCUUGGCUCAGCUGACACCUGGGGGCCAUUUUUGCUGCAUUUAAGCUCGAUUACAAUGUCUUCAUUCUUUGCCGCCAUCUUUUUGCUUGGCCUGUGUCUGGCAAACGCCAUCAACUUCACAACCGUCUACGAGUGGGACAAACUCGAUUUCGUCUGGCCAUCAGGAGCGGACCCUUCAAUCGGACAGAUGAAACGAAAUUUUAAUCCGAAGGGUGUUGAAUUUCGAUACAUGGCUGUUUUUGGAGAAAGGCUGUUUCUAAGCCUUGAUAAUACAAUUCUCACAAUUCCCGCCACUUUGGUGUGGCUGCCAACGAGCGGCACGUCGACCUCACCUCCAAAACUUGCUCCUUUUCCUUCCUGGAAUUUACACAAACGAGACAACUGUGAUUCUAUUCAGCAGGCAAAAGGAUUGGAAACGGACCAUGAUGGUCGGUUGUGGGUGCUUGAUCAAGGAAGCAAGAAAUGUCCGAGCAAAAUUUGGAUAUUCAACCUUCUGAGGAACGACAAAGUCGAGCACGUUUACCAGUUCCUGGACGCAGUCGUCACUGAUUCGUAUAUUGGAAGGGAGCUGAGGGAAAUAGCGGUGGAGAAAACGCCAGACGAUUACUUUGCGUACAUCACGGCCUAUUAUUCUGACCAAAUCAUGGUUUACAGUCGUAAAACCGACAAAUCGUGGUCAGUUAAAACAACAGACGUAUGGUGGGAAGCCUUGGCCCUCUCGCCUAACAGGGAAGGCAGACGGUUGUACCUUGGAACCUUUGUUUACAACCAGCUGUUUUCGGUGUCUGUGUCUGAGCUGAGGAAUGGAGGCGCGGGAAGCGCUGCUGUCGAAUCCAUCGGCGUAACGCAAGGAGCCGCUUACAGAAUGCUAAUCGACAGCGCCAAUGUCUUGUAUGCCGGCUUGAGAUCCCGGAAUGACCUCUUCAUAUGGAAUACUUCGGAGCCCUAUCCUAAUGAGAUAUUUCAUGAGCAUGGUAUGCAGGGUGCUUUUUGGCCACUUACUUUUGCCUUGGAUGCGAACGGCAUUUUAUGGAUGACGCAAAGAAAUGAGACUAGUGGUGGAAAUAGACAUAAACUACUCAAGGCUGCAGUCGGCGCAAGAAAAUACCUACUCGGCACGCCCACGGACUUGCCGUCGCGUGGCUGACCCUGAGGACGAGAAUAUGCUGGCCUCUUCCAGCCACAUUUCGAUGGACAACCUCGCUCUCCUGGACAACAGACAGUCUUCUACUUAGUCUAAUAUAAAAUAAAUUUUGUUUCAUUUUAGUGAAUAUUUCCCCAGUUGCAUAAACUCUAAGUGUUCGAAGCCGCCAACAGAUGGCGCCACCGUAGACAUUUUAAGGCACUUCCGCUGCGAUUUCAGACUCAAUCUAGCUACCGUGAAUUCUUCAAUUAAUUUGCUAUUUUUUGACGUGCUGAAAACCAAAAUCGGUUCAGCCAAUCGCCGUAGAAUCGUGAAAAACUAUUUUUUGAAAUAUAAAAUCUUUUCCAACGUUUCUACGGCGAAUGGCUGAACCGAUUUUGGUUUUCAGCACGUCAAAAAAGAGCAAAUGAAUUAAAAAAUUCAAAAUAGCUAGAUUGAGUCUGAAAUCGGAGCGGAAAUUCCUAAAAACCGCUUAAAACUAAAUUUUUUAAAAAGUCUGUGGUUGCGCCAUCUGUUGGCGGCUUCAAUAACUAAGGAUUUAUGCAACUGGUCAAUUCUUUGAAAAUAUCAUAGAGAUGAUUAUAGCGCUUUAUGGUUUAUCGUCUUUUUUAACAGAAUAAUCUUUUAUUUGUAACAAUUCUUCAAGGUAAAUAAAAAUAUGUGUGUCUUGCAUUAUUCCCUAUACA